UAAAAAGUCAGUUAUAGUCUCUCAAUAGAAAUUUGUUGGGUUUUGGCAAUUUUGUGAAUAGUCACCUUGGAAUAAAGAACAAAACAAAAAAAUUAACAACGUUGUUCGUUUUAAAGAGUUUAUUUGAGAAUUUAUUGAAAGUUGUUGUCAAAGCUUUAAUGAAGCUCCGGGGCGCAUAAAUUCAACUUUAUUAUGUGCAUUUUUUUCAUUACUUAUUUUUGUUGUUGUUUUAUUCAAUUUCUGUAUUUUACCAUGCUGUUCAAGUUUGUGUUGAUACAUAAACUUUCAAUAAAAUAUACUUAGUAAUUGCUGUUUGUAUGUGUUCAUGUAAAUAGCCCCAAUGCUGACACUCAAUCUACAAACCUUUUAGGGAAAGUGAAACCAUGCACUUUUUCUCCACGGGUAAAAAUAAUGGUCUUUAGGGAAGAAACAUAGCACAGCAAUGGAGAGGUGGGGCAACAUAGCUCCAAUGACAGGUAGACACAGGGAGGAGUUACAUUACCUGUGCUGAGCAGCCAGCCAGUGCACACUACACCUGUUGCACUUCCUCUGCUCUUUUCCUGGUAUCUGCUGUGUUUUCCUGCGCUUGUUUGUCUUUAACUUAGUCUGAGGAGCACGAGUGGAGCUGUCAACUUUACUAUGGAUCCCAAGGAGAGCGGUGGGAGUGAGAAGGACAAGGAAAAAGAAAAAGACAAGGUAAUAAAGAGGAGAAACAGACCUGUGUUCCUCCGUUACCUGGAAAGGAGAAGAACGGACACUAUUGUGGCCGAGGACAUGGCCAAAGGUGACAUCAACUUGGGGACGCUAGUGAGGAGGAGUCAGUCUGACAAGACGGAGUACAGCGCCAAACUUAAAGAGAAAAUGACACCUCCAGACCUGUCCACACCUUCCUCCCCGGCCGUUGACCCAGAGGAGGUCAGACUGAGGAAGAUGAAGCGUAGGGCAAAGGUCAUCCAGGAGCUGGUGCAGACUGAGAAGGACUACCUGACCGACCUGGAGCUGUGCAUCAGAGAAGUGGUGCAGCCGCUACGAAACAUGCAGGUUGUGGACAUAGAUCGCCUGUUUACCAACAUGGAGACGGUGUGUGAGGUUUCUGCAGCGCUCCUACACAGACUGCACCAGGCCAUGGCUGAGCCUGACCCUGAAGCCGUUGUCGUAGGUGAAGUAUUCAUCCAGGCCAAGGCAGCUUUGGAAGAUGUGUAUAAGAUAUACUGUUACCAUCACGACGACGCCAACAUGUCACUCAAGUCAUACGAGAAGGAAGAGGAAAUUAAACAGCAUUUUACCACAUGUGUAUUAGCACUGAAAAAAAUCUAUGACCAAGAAGGAAAACCCAACCUGCUGGACAUGGGGUCACUGCUCAUCAAACCUGUCCAGAGGAUCAUGAAGUAUCCACUGCUGCUGGGGGAGCUUUGGCACGCCACGCCUGAAGACCAUCCUGACUAUCACCCCCUGCAGGAGGCCUUCACUACUGCCAAGAUCAUCAACGUCAACAUAAAUGAGUUCAAGAGGCGCAAAGACAUCGUCAUGAAAUAUAAGAGACUGGAAGAUGAGGGCAGUCUGAGAGGAAAACUAAACAAGUUCAACAUCCACUCCAUCCGCAAGAAGGGCGACAGGUUUGCGGGAUAUCUCAAGAUCCUCACUGGAGUUGAACCACAGGUCAGAGAUGAAAUUUUCGACAGAGAGGAGAAGCUGUUCAGGAGUCUGGAGAAGGCUGUCAGGCUGUUGGUGAAGAAUAUUUACUGUUACCUGCAGUACACACAGGAGAUGGUCUCGGUGGCUGUCCAGAACGUCCAGGACUUGGAGAAUAUUGUCAAGGAUCCAAACAAAAACGGCACAAAUGGAUCUCUUCACAGUAACGGAAACGAUCCUUAUAAGCACUUUAAAGACAAAAUAGAGCGCCUGGUCCUCGCCCCCCUCUGCUCCCUGCAGGGCAUGUUCACAGCACCUCAGAAGCUCAUCCAAAAACGAUAUGACAAAUUGCUGGAUUACUGCAGCCGCCUCGAGCGCUCCUCCUCAUCCACCACCUCUUCAUCUCCAUCGCCCGUCUCCGAGGACCCAUCUGGUCCUGCCAGGAGGGAUUAUGAAGCUCUGAAUGCCUUGCUGCUGGAAGAGCUGCAGAGGUUCAACAUGGCCGCCUACACCAUCCUGACCAACUGUGUGUUGUACCUGGCCGCCCUCCUCCGGGAGCUGAUGGGAAAAAUACUACACGGCGCUCCGUCCAUUCAUCAGCUUCCAGCUCCGCUGUCCAACAUUUCUGAGGUGCAGAACUGCAUCAUGGAAGAGCUGAACAGUCUGUCGUUUGUUAAGGAAAACGCUCAGAAGCUGAUGGAGCGAAAAGUCAGCUUCGAGAGACGAGAGAAGAAAACAACGGUGAUGGAAGUGCAGCAUCAGACUGAGGAACAACGUUCCCAGCUGCUGGCAGAAUAUGCACCGAACCGCCUGUACCAGCUGAAGAGGAAGUGUAAUGGCUGCCAGGAGCAGGACCUCAGUUUGCUGGAGGGAGAGCUGGUGGCUCUACUGGAGGACACAGAUCCAUUAGGCAGCAGCAGCCGCUGGCUGGUUCACACAGGAGGCACACAGGGCUACGUCUACUCCACAUUCCUGAAGCCGUACAACCCUCUGAGGGACUCACAGCGAGGCGGACAGAUGGUCAAAGAGCAGCAACAGCAGCAACAGCCUGCCGUGGUGGACGACGACUUCGAUGACCUCAGUCUGUUUGUGUCCAACAGUGGCCGCAACAGUCUGUGCAGCUUCAACCUCACCACCACAGACAGCAGCUCCACCCUGUCUGGUCUACAGGGGGAGCCAGAGAGCCCGGAAGACUUGGAGGACGUGCUGGACACGGAGGCCCAGCAGUUUUAUGCCGUCUAUGCAUUUCAAGCUCGUUCGGACCAGGAGCUGACCCUGCAGGAGUACCAGCAUGUACGCAUCCUAAAGUUCUGUGACCUGGGAGGCAACAAGGACUGGUGGCUCGCUGAGGCUAACGGGCAGAAGGGAUACGUGCCAGCCAACUACCUUGGCAGAAUGUCUUAUGCCUAAAAAAAAAAAAAAAUCAAAUCAAAUAAAACUGCCCCAUUAAUUGUAGAACAUUCUACACCAAAGAAUCCAACUAAGAGUGAACAUUUACAACAGUCAACAACUCUGUUGAGUUAAGAAAACUCAAGAAUUCUUAACAUUUUAAAUUGUCUUGCAAUUAAGACGUGUUACAUUUCUGCUUGUGAAGGUCAAAGGGCAGGGUUGUUGGUGCUAGGUUUGCAAUGGACGGAGACGGCGUGAAGAUUAAUCAGAUACACACACACACACACACACACAGAGAGUCGAGGAUCUCAUCGAACAUUCUCACAUCGAGGCAGCUGCAGAUCCCGUUUCAACAAGUCUACAUUCCGGGGCGAGACAUCGCUCCUGGCAGCUGUAAUGUAAAGUGUGGCAUAUUCAUAUGCACCAUGAGCAUUUCUGUAAACUGUUGAAGGUGAAAACCACAGUGUCAAGCACUUUGAAUUGUCACCAACCAGUGACGAAUGAGGAGCGACGUUAAUGUAGAUCACUGACAUUAACACCAGAAUGUGCUUCGCCUGGAGUCGCUCAUUACAAUAUUUAACAUUCAACAUGAAUGGCGUGAAUGUUAGAUAUUCUAUGAGAGGCAGUGAGGCCAGGGGAAUCCAGAGCACUGUGCUGAGCACUUUUCUAAUUCAGUGUUUAAUUAUGUUGAUGAUUAAGUGAUUUAUUCUUGAAGAGAAAUUUUAUGUGAAUUGAUUUAUAAAUGAACUGUCUUGUAAAUGUGAAAUGAAGAAAUAUAAACAGAAUACAAUGAGAUAAUUUAUACAGAAACAUUUAUGUGGAAGUAAAAGAUCUUCUAUAACAAA